GCUUGCUUUUCGGCAUUGCAUGAGUUUGUCUCGUAGAAACAUUUCUUAGUCAUGAACGCUUCUAGCGUUUGUGUUGCAGAUGCAGAUGCUUUUUUUGGUCCUCGGGUCGAUCCAUGUCGCAGACAAUUCGACUUCACGUUACUUUUCGAGCAGAGCGUUUUCACCGUCGGUCCAUCUGCAAUAUUUAUCGUACUUCUUUCUCUGAGAAUACCGAAGCUAUAUCGGGAGAAGAGAAAAACACUGCCGAAUUCACUUUGGGGGUUUAAAUUAAUUGUAAUAUCAGUGAUUUUGUGUCUUCAAAUUGCUCUUUUGGCAUCAUGGAUAGUUUCUCAGGGUCAACAAACACUCGUAUCUAUUCCAGCAGCCGUCCUGUCAGUAAUUGCCACGAUUGGUCUCGCAGCAUUAUCGAACCUGGAAAAUAAUCGAUCUAUACGCCCUUCAUUAGUAAUUUGCACUUAUCUUCUCCUUUCCACACUGUUAGAUAUAGCUCAGACAAGAACACUUUGGUUGCAACAUGGAAACACAGCAUCAUCGGCAUUAUUUACAUCUAGUGUGCUAGCCAAAGCAGUUCUACUAUGUCUCGAAGUGUUCGAGAAAAGAUCUUUUCUAAAGGAUCCAUACAACAGAUAUCCCCCCGAAGCUUUGGCAGGAGUUAUAAAUGCAAGUCUUUUCUGGUGGCUCAAUAUACUCAUUCAAAAUGGGCACCGAAAUCUGCUCAGUCUUGGUGAUCUUUUUGAUACCGAUCAAGCCUUGUCAUCUUCUUCCCUAGAGACAAAAAUGCAAAAUGCAUGGCAAAAGCAAUCGCGCAAUGGGAAAUAUUCCCUCCUCUUCGCUAUCCUUACAAGUUUCAAGGUUUCUCUGCUCACACUUGUCUUUCCGCGUCUUUGCCUAAUUGGGUUCAAAUUCUCUCAGCCAUUGCUCAUAAAUCGAGCCAUCUCGUUGAUUGAAACUCCCGAGACGCCGGGAAACCAGAAUAUCGGAUAUGCGUUAAUUGGCGCAACAGCUCUUAUAUAUCUCGGCUUGGCGAUUAGCACUGCCCAGUAUCAACACCAGAUAUUCCGAGUCAUCACCAUGAUUAGAGGCGGAUUAGUCUGCAUUAUUUAUAAUGUAACGCUAGCUCUCGAUGCACACUCUGCAGGCGAUUCUGCAGCAGUCACACUGAUGAGUACAGAUAUAGAACGCAUUGGAACUGGGUUUGGUAGCGUUGAUAUUUUAUGGGCUGGCCCGAUCGAAGCUGGCAUUGCGGCAUAUUUAUUACAGCGGGAAAUGGGCCUAGCAUGUAUCGCGCCUGUCAUUAUUUCACUCGCGUGCACGAUUGGAGCAUUCUCAAUCAUGAAAUGGGCGAAACACACUCAGAAGGAAUGGGUCGAAGCGGUGCAAAAACGCGUGGCGAUUACAUCUUCCGCACUUAAAUCCAUAAGGGGGAUCAAGAUGCAGGGACUCACAACUCGCUUAUCUGAAGCCUUGCAGGAGCUUCGUGUCCAGGAACUCGAGUAUGCGAAGCCGUUUCGUAGGAACAUUAUUGCCACUGCUGUGACAUCUAAUAUCACGACCCUGUGCGGACCAGCUAUAACGUUUAUUGUCUAUAUUCUGAUUCAAAGAACUAAAGAAUCGGCAACGUUGAAUGUUGGACAGGCUUUCACUAGUUUGUCUUUGAUUUCGUUGUUGAGUGCGCCGGUUUCAGAAAUGGUUCAGACUAUUCCUACAUUUGCGGCCGCAAUGGGAUGUAUGGAAAGAAUCCAGACUUAUAUCAGGACAAAAGACCGUAACGAUCCUAGAUUUUCCAGUCCAGAUUCUGAACGCAUCUCGAUUUCUGAGGAAUCUAGAGACGAUGCCAAUCUCGUUCCCCAUGAGAUUGAGUUGCAAACAAUUCGUUCAGUCAUGCCUGCCUCUGCGUCCCACGUUCAGAAAACAGAUCUCAUUACAAUCAAAGACGCAUCGUUCAAUUUCUCAUCUGAAGGCACGCCAGUUCUCAAAGACAUCAAUCUUGAAAUUUCUCGUGGGACUUUAACACUAGUUAUCGGUGCCAUUGGAAGUGGAAAAUCAUGUCUCCUAAAAGCAAUGCUUGGAGAAUUACCAAGUAGCAAAGGAUUUGUAUUUACGCAUACUUCAAACAUUGCGUUUUGUUCUCAGACGCCAUGGUUGCCCAAUAGCAAACUCCGGGAACUCGUGCUUGCGGGGUCGAGCUAUGAUGAGGUUUGGUAUAAUGCGGUGCUCAAAGCCUGUGUACUAAAUCAGGAUAUUGCUACGUUUCCCGAUGGCGAGGAAACAGUAGUUGGUAGCGAUGGGGCGGCUCUGAGCGGGGGACAGAAGCAGAGAUUGGCAUUGGCACGCGCAUUAUACUCCAGAAAAGACUUAAUUUUGAUCGAUGAUGUUUUCAGUGGUCUAGACUACAAGACAAAUAAAGCUGUAUUCCGCAAUAUUUUUGGUAAAGAAGGACUUUGCAAAUUGCAUAACAUAACUGUGGUUCUUGCCACGCAUGCAGUUGAACAUCUGCAAUCUGCCGAUAACAUAAUUGUUCUAUCCAACAAUGGCAGCAUUCUCGAGCAGGGACAUUUUCGUAAACUUCGCGAGAACAAUGAUAGCCAUGUCAAAGACUUGAUAUUGCAUGAAAGUCCAGACAUGAAAUCAGCCGAAAUCCCCAUCGCAGAAGCCAUGAAAAAUGCACCGACCAAACCAAAAUCACUUGAACCCAACGACAUAAAUCGUCAAGAUGGUGACGCCAGUGUUUACUUCUACUUCGCAAAGUCAGUAGGCCGGAUCUAUUUCUGUCUUUUCAUCGGAACAGUGGUUCUCUAUACGUUUUCUAGCGAGUUCCAAGCUGUUCUCCUAGAACUAUGGUCUAAAGCGGAGACGGAUCAUUCGGGUGUCUACACCAAUAUGUAUAUGGGCUUAUAUGCAAUGCUAUCCGUGUUGGCUCUGUGUGGAAUCGGGGGAUUGCUAUGCGUCACAUUGCUAUCUGCAGGCCCAUAUGCUUCUAUUAAUCUUCACCGCACGCUCUUGCAUACGGUCAUGUCGGCGCCAUAUUCCUGGUUCACUGCAACUGAUAGCGGGGUAACCCUAAAUAGAUUCAGUCAAGACAUGAGUUUAAUCGACAUGGAGCUCUUAAUAGGAAUCGUCGACACAUUCGCAGGUUCAUUCAUGGCAAUUGCUCAAGCAAUACUCAUUGCCAUUGGAGCCAAAUACGUCGGGGUCAUUCUGCCAUUAAUCAUCGGAACCCUUUAUAUCCUACAGAAAGUUUACUUGAAGACAUCGAGACAACUCCGGUUAUUAGAUCUAGAAUCCAAAUCACCGCUCUACUCCCACUUUACAGAAACGCUCAGCGGACUCACGACGAUUCGUGCAUUUGGCUGGCAAACCCAAUCAGCCGAGAAGAAUCGAGAACUUCUGGACGUCUCGCAGAAACCCUACUACUUACUUUACUGCAUACAGAGAUGGCUCAAUCUUGUUUUGGAUCUCGUCAUUGCUGGUAUUGCUGUUAUUCUCAUCACGUUUGCAACACAAAUGCGUGGAACUACCAGUGCAGGCACUCUCGGGAUCGCGUUAGUAAAUAUUCUACAAUUCAACUCGACGUUGAGUUUUCUUAUUCGAAAAUGGACUCAGCUAGAAACUUCUAUUGGUGCUGUAGCCAGAGUGAAGAGCUUUGAGAUGAAUACUUUGUCGGAAAACGGUUCUUUGGAAGUCAAUCCACCGCCACCGGAAUGGCCUGUUAAAGCUAAAGUCGAGUUUAAAGAUGUGACUGCAGCUUAUGGUGUCGACGAUCCUGCUGUGAAGGGUGUCUCAUUUUGCAUUGAGGGUGGCACGAAACUGGGUAUAGUUGGAAGGACUGGGUCGUGAGUUUACUCUAAUCCGUUAUCCACGUUUAAAGAUCUAACACAUUUCUCCACAGUGGCAAAUCAUCUCUAACAUUAGCACUCUUCCGGAUGCUCGAGCUAAAAACAGGAGAUAUCCUCAUUGACAACAUUUCCAUUUCUACUCUCCGCCGUGAAUCAGUACGCUGUUCUUUCAUCACCAUUCCCCAAGAACCUUACUUUCUAUCUGGCACUGUCGGCUUCAAUGCAGAUCCGUUUCAUUCUUUAGACAGCCAAGCAAUCCAAACUGCGCUUGUUCGUGUUGGGCUAUGGGACAUAAUAUGCAAUAACGGAGGUUUAGAAGUACCCAUGAACGCAACGCCUCUGAGUCAAGGUCAGCAGCAACUUUUCUGCAUCGCAAGAGCAUUAAUCAGGAAAGUGGCGCUGGGAAAUAAGGAUCAUGGAAUUCUGGUGCUCGAUGAGGUGACGAGCAAUGUUGAUUCUGCUAGUGAAGAGAUCAUGUUGAGGAUUUUGGAUGAGGACUUUAAGGGCUGGACAGUGCUUGCUGUAGCUCAUAGAUUGGGAACGAUUAGGAGUUACGAUAGGGUUUUAGUUCUUGAUAAGGGGAGUGUGGUGGAGGAUGGGGCGCCGGAGGAUUUGAUCCGAAAAGAGGGAGGGCUAUUCAAGGAACUGUGGGAGAAAGGAUUUGGGAAAGAGAGCACUGUGUAGUGUGUUGCGUGGAGCUAAGCUUUUUAAAUUGCCUUUGUUGUUUCUUUUAUGUGUAGUUUGUUGAGUAAAGCUGAGUUUCUUUAUUUACUUUUGUUGUUUCUCUUACUUGUAAACAAAGGAAAUCCUUAAAUUGCCGAUUAGCUUCAUUUUAAUAUAUAUCAUUCAACAUAUCUGUAACGUGGU